ACGCAUGUCAAAUGUGACUUUUUAAGUGAAAGUAUUUUCUGUAUCGGACACAGUUUGGUUUGAACCGUCAAGUUGUUGCUGAGUCGUGGUCCUCGCUUAUUACAAAUAAUGUCGGACUCCAUCAAAAACGUCGCGAUAUUUGGAGCCACGGGAAUGACCGGGCUUGCCACUGUCCCGCUAGCGGUGGCUGCAGGAUACAGCGUGACUGUGCUGGCGCGGGACCCUGCCAGGCUGCCUGCCGACCACAAGGCGUCCAGGGUGGUGAUUGGAGACGUGCUUAAUAAAGAGGAUGUGAUGAAGACCUUGGAAGGCCAGGACGCUGUUAUUAUCAUCCUGGGCACCAGGAACAGCCUCAGCCCGACCACCAUGAUGUCUGAAGGCACCAAGAACAUUAUUGAAGCCAUGAAGGCUCGUGGGAUCUGCAAAGUGGUCGGCUGCAUGUCAGCCUUUCUGCUGUGGGAUCGCUCCAAAGUCCCGCAACGUAUGGCUGCUGUGACAGAGGACCAUGACAGGAUGUACACGGUGCUGAAAUCAUCCGGGCUGCACUACGUGGCCGUCAUGCCUCCUCAUAUUGCUGAUGACCUUCCUCUGACAGAGAGUUACAUGACGCAGGAGAACAUGCUGAAAGGGAGAGCCAUCUCUAAACACGACCUGGGACACUUCUUUGUCAAGUGUCUGUCCACCUCAGAGUGGGACGGCAAGGCUGUCGGAGUGUGGGGAGAGUAUAAGUAAUGCUGAACAACACACUGCUGAUGCCUGCUGGACAGUGAAGGAGUUUAAAUGUCUUUCUGAUCGGCAUUCUUAAUUUCUACCAAAACACCCUGAAGAGAAAUCGCUGGUUUCUGCUGAGACUUGGAGAUAAAUUAGGAAAUAAUGUGUGUAGAAUUCAACUAGUGCGUUGUGAUGAACCACUAAUGCUUCCCUGUGAUCACCUUUAUGAUCACCACAGAGCAACUUUUGCUUGCUGUUAUAUUUUUGAUUUUAACAUCACAUUCAAGGAGUAUACAUUUUAAAACUAGUGCCAAACCUGCUUUAGCUGUUACGUUGCUUUACAACAGUUCUGUCUUUUCACAUUAAAAAUCUUUACAUAUUCAAGGUUUUGUUUCCUACCAAUGAACAUCUAAUCGUGUGAUGCCUCCUGUCGCUGCUCUCAUGUACAAUGUGCCCGUUUUCAUAGCUGUUGAAAAUAAAAGAGUUUAUUGUACUAAG